AUGGAUGCAACGUUGUUGUGCAAUCUGAAAGGCGGCAGCAGAGAUGUCGCUCUUCGUCUGCGGCUGCUGCACACGUGGUUAGCCAAGCCUCCGAACAGUCCUACCGCAUAUUAUCACUGCUGCCUUUGGGCUGAUCAAACGGGUAUGUUGAUCCAGGCUAUUGCUGAUACUGCAAUGGCAGCGGAUAUCGAUCGGGCACUUCAUGUUGGGACUAUCUAUAUAAUCAAAGGAUUCGGUCUUAGUAUAGCUAGAGCUCUCUAUCGAGCCUGUUCCUUCGACCUAACGAUGCAAAUAACAAGGACCACAACGUUUCAGGAGUGCACUCUGCCAGCAUUCGACUUCCCUUCUGACUCUUUUGAGAUCCUGUCAUUUAAUCAGUUGCCAAGCCGUAGUGGAUACCACCGCAUUCUCACAGAUAUCGUUGGUCGUCUUCACUCCAUUAGUGGGGUUGAUUAUCAGCUUACUAACACCGGAUCUACACCCAAGCAGGUUUUGGUGCUUCAAAAUGACAUGGGACAACGGGUGUCUGUUACCCUUUGGAAUAAUCUUGUUGGGACACUGGAACGCGAUGCUUUGAUCCUGGCAGACGCCACUGAGCCAGUCAUAAUUGGUGUCGGGGGUCUCAUAGUUGGACGCCAGAUAGGAAAUGACUAUACCUGUUCAAGUUCGUCUGCCACACGCAUAGCAAUCAACCCGGCCAUCCUAGAGGCUCGCCAUCUCUCCACUUACUUCGCUGGUCCAAGGAGCCCUGUCGCAGAGCUACCAAUUCAGUUUGUUACACCGGAAGAGGCUGUUGUUGAUGCUGAAAACAGGACAAGAACAGUUGCUGAGUUGCUGGACCUUCACUACAAGGGCGCUUCUCUGGAUGCAAAGCACUUCUGUAGCGGAGUAAUAAAAUCUGUCGAGUCUCACAGCCCAUGGUAUAAGAUUCAGCUUACUUUGAAGGAUCAAUCGGCUGAGGCUCCUUUCAUAGUGUUUGGUCCGUGUGCCAACAAUUUGGUUUUCACUUCAGCUCCACUCCUGGCCCAGAGGUACCCUCAUAGGUCCGGUCAUCUUCCACCAGAGAUAAGCGCUCUUCAUGGCCAGAAUGUCAAGUUCGAGGCUAAGUUGCCAAUGCUCGAAUCUAAUGGAAAGUCAACCGGGGAGUUUAGGGUUCUACGUGUCAUUCCUCAGCAGACUCAUCAGAUUCAGACUCCUGUUCCCCUUUCAAUCCAAAACACUGUCGCUACCUCCCAAGUUUCCAUGCCUUCACAGAACAAUGACUAUCGAGAUGGUGCACUGGUGGCAUCCACAAUGCCGAAGUUAUCGGGAUCUUCGCCAUCAAGCUCUUCGAAGGGAAAGGAAAAGGUUUCGGGUCCGCUGUUGAUUGAGAAUUGCAAAUCUGCUUUCCAAAUUGGGCAGUUUGUGGAGAACCAACUCAGCCAAACUCAUGGGCCACUUUCCAUUAAUGAAAGGGUUGCAAGUCCUCAGAGCCAACUUGUGCCUGCAGUUAGUUCUGGAGGGCCGUUGGCUGUAUCAUCGAAUGUUGUCUUUGCUCCCAAACAGACUUCUGAACCGGCUGCCUUUGAUCAUGGGAAGCCAAUUGCUGCUGAUAUUGCAGGUCCACUACAGACCAUCACUGAUAAGCAUGUUGCCACACUGAAAAAUCCAGCAACACCCUCCCUGCCACCGGAGAAGGCAAUUUCAGUAUCGAUGAGUUCUCCUGGACAGGUUUCGUCAACUUCCUCAUGCUCUGUUGUGCCAAGUUCUGAAACUCCUCAAAGUAGGAUUGGUGCAUCUCCAUUAUCAACUCUGCCCAUUUCAUCGUCAACCCUACCUUUUUCAUCGCCAUCGGCAUUUCUCCUAGUCUCUCCGUUGGCAAAGGUGAAGGUGGAAAAAUUGGAUGCUUCUGAACUGAAAAAAAAUGAUCUUGAUGCACAAGGAUCUACUCCGUUUUCCAUUGGAGAAGAGGGAGGCAAGCGUUCUUCUGUGAAGCGCCGCCUGAUGCCUCCAAGGAAAAAACCAACGACUUCUAAACCGCUGAAGAGAAAGAGAGGUAUAGGUUCAGCUGCCACUGAUUCCUUUGUUGAUAUGAUAUCUUCAUUCUCUACCAUUAAGCCUGAAAAUGUUAGGAUCGACAGAAGAUCACGGAGACUCCCACUUAUUCUCCAUGAUAACAACAAGAAUUCCUCAGAGGAUCACGGAGACUCCCACUUUGCGGAUCCAUAUCGUUUAAGUACUGCUGCUUCAUCUUCUAAGAAUGUUGGCGCAUCAGGCAAGAGCUACAACAAUCAUCGACAAGAAAUCUUCGACUUCGAAUUUUUGGCAUGGCAAGUAGGAAUCGACAGUACGAUCUCCCAACAAGUAACGAUGUUGCUGCUUUGA